CACUUCAAAAGUUGUAACCCCCCUUAAUCACAAGAAAAGAAAGAGAAAAAGAUAGCUAUAAAAAGACGUAGAAGUCACAGAUAGAUUCAGACAUCACAGCUCAUUUUACUCAAACAAUACAAACCAAAAUUCCAGGUCAAGAACACAAGGAUAGAGAAUAAAGAGGUGAUAAAAUUUUGUAAUACAGUGGUCCAAACUACAACUAUUGACAACUCAGUGAGUUCACUAAUUUAAACUCCCCUCAAAAAAAAAAAAAAAACCCAAAUCCCCUUUUUCACUGAAAUCACCAAAAAGCAUAGAAAAGAAGAACAAAGAGUACUGAUUCUCCCCUUUUUUCUUCUGUUACUUUCAACUUUUCUACAAAAAUUCACAAUUUUUCUUAAAAUUAAGAAAAAUUUUAAAAAGAAAAAAAAAGAUGUAUCCAAGAUUCAUUCAACCGCAUCAUCAACAUCAACAGCAACAACAACUUCAUGAAUCUUUGAAUGUAAUGGCGGGUCCCAUUGAUGAGAUUCAUCAAGUGGGUCCCAAUAAUAGUUCUUCUCCAACGGACCCACGACUUGUGUUGACUUCUGAUCCAAAACCACGUCUUCGUUGGACUGCAGACCUCCAUGAACGUUUUGUUGAUGCAGUUACUCAGCUUGGUGGGCCCAAUAAAGCUACACCAAAGGCUAUUAUGCGGACAAUGGGUGUGAAGGGAUUGACUCUUUUCCAUUUGAAAAGUCAUCUUCAGAAAUACAGACUAGGUAAGCAAUCGGGGAAGGAUAUGGGUGAGGCUCCAAAAGAUGGAAUCUCGGGCUCAUACCAUUUGGAAAGCCCUCGCACCAGUAAUUCUUCUUCAAGUUUGCCAACAUCAGACAUGGAUGAGGGUUUUAAGGUUAAGGAGGCAUUAAGAACUCAAAUGGAGGUACAGACUAAACUACAUUUGCAGGUUGAGGCUGAGAAGCACUUACAGAUACGACAGGAUGCAGAGCGAAGAUAUAUGGCGAUGCUUGAGAGAGCUUGUAAGAUCCUUGCUGACCAACUUAUGGGGGUUGCAAUUGCAGAAAAUCAUGUGCAGACACUUCAAGGUCAGGCAUCGGAAGCUGUUUACCCUUCACAAACUCACAGAUAAAGUAGAUUCCAUGGUGCUGCAUGCUAUGUUAUUUGGACUCAGGCUGGACAUAGGUAUUAUCUUAGUGUUUGACUUGGCAAUUUCAUAAAAAAAAUUCUUAAUUUCGGCUCAAAAUGAAGUACAAAGUGUCCAUGCUUAUAUUAGUGUGUCAAGGACCCGACCCGACUAGGGUCCUUGAGGUAAAUUGACGAAUGUAAGUAACAUAGGGUGUUGAGGAUCCAACCUGAAUACUCCGUACUUGGGUUAAAAUGAAGAAUCCGAGUAACAUAGGAUGCGUCCAAAUCUAAAUCUUCAAAGGGAUGAUUGCUUUACUGUAAGCUGCUUGACGUGAAAAUAAUUAAUGUCUUUCGAGCUUUACAGAAUGAUACUUAGCGGGAGGCAGCACAAGGGUCAUUUCAGGCUUGGAUCAACAAGGGUUGGAUUUUGUUAGGGUGGAUGACUGAUUGCUUGAUUAUGAUAUCUUCAUUUUACAAGAUGGUGUUACAUUCCAGAAAUGAAGAUGGAGUUACACUCAUCGAUGUUCGGCAAAGUACUGAUUUUUACGUUUCUUCUGUUAACUUAGUGUAGCCUGUAUGUGACUUACUUCUUCCCUGAAGAACAUAAUCUAUAGGGAAGAUAAAAGUUGCUUGUAAAAUCAAUUGAAGUUAUGCUAAUGUUUCUAACAUGAAGAUUUACCUUUGCCA